AUGGCUUCCGAAGGUACUUCAUGGGGCGCGGAGGAUAUUGGGGCGCAGGGUGAUCAAGUUCAGCAUAGCGAGGAACAAGUUGAUAACUAUGCUCAAGACUCUCUUGCCUCUGGUGAUGCCGAUGCAGCGGAUGAUGGUUCAGAAGAUGAGGGGGGAGAAUACGAUCCCGAGUCGGUCACAAUUGGCACACCUGCACCAGUUGCCGAACCAGCUUCUUCUGGUACUCCUCAACGCCAGGCUUCUAAGCCCAAGAUGUCGGGUGGCUUCAUAGUUGAGGCUUCUGAUGACGAGGAUGAAGAUGAAGAUGAGCAACCUGCCAAUGCCGCUCCUCAAACGGAUGCAGUCCCUACCCAAAACCACCCUGGCCCUUCCACUGCGUCUGAUGAACACAUUUCUGCAGCUCCAACUCAUGCUCCUGUCCCUCCUGCUGUCCCUUCCAAUGUGACACCGGCCUUAGCUGGUCUCGAUCCUGUUGCUCUUCUAGAAGCCCGUGUCAAAGAGGAUCCCCGUGGGGAUAUGGAUGCCUGGCUCAACUUGAUAGCCGACCAUAGGCGUUCCAGCCGAUUGGACCAGGCUAGAAGUACUUAUAACCGCUUCCUCGAGAUCUUCCCUCAAGCUGCUGAUAUUUGGGUCGAUUAUAUUGAGAUGGAGCUUGGACUUGAUAACUUUGUCGAUGCUGAGCAGCUUUUCGGAAGAUGUCUCAUGACUGUUCCCAAUGUGAAGCUGUGGACAGUCUACCUAAACUACAUCCGUCGUCGCAACGACUUGAACAAUGAUCCAUCUGGCCAGGCUCGCCGGACGAUCACUCAGUCUUACGAAUUUGUAAUUGACAACAUCGGCGUGGACCGAGAUUCCGGCAACAUCUGGCAGGACUAUGUACAGUUUGUCAAGAAUGGACCAGGCCAAAUCGGCGGAACAGGAUGGCAAGAUCAGCAGAAGAUGGACCAGCUGCGCAAGAUAUAUCAGCGUGCUAUCGCUGUCCCCAUGUUGACCGUCAACAAUCUCUGGAAAGAAUAUGAUCAAUUUGAAAUGGGACUGAACAAAAUGACUGGCCGCAAAUUCAUCCAAGAACGCUCGCCAGGCUACAUGUCAGCCAAGAGUGCCAAUAUCGCAUUGGACAACAUCACUCGGCACCUCAAGCGCACUAACCUCCCAAGGCUCCCACCUGCUCCUGGCUUUAACGGAGACCAGGAGUUCAAGGACCAAGUUGAAAUGUGGAAGAAAUGGAUUACCUGGGAAAAGGAAGACCCGCUUGUGUUGAAGGCCGACGAGCCGAAGACAUACAACCAGCGAGUCCUCUAUGUCUACAAGCAAGCCUUGAUGGCACUGCGAUUUUGGCCUGAGAUUUGGGUUGAUGCAGCCGAGUGGUGUUUCCAAAACGACAUUCGUGAGAACGACAAAGAGAUGGGCACAGAAUUGCUACUAGAGGGUAUCCGAGCAAACCGCGAGAGUGUAUUGCUUGCGUUGAAGCACGCUGAUCACAUUGAAGUGAACUACCCAGGCAAGGAAGUUGACAAGGCCGAGUUUGCGCAAGCUGUCCGCAAGCCCUACGAUGAUGUGCUCGAAACAUUGUACGAGAUGGGCGACAAGGUCAAAGAGCGGGAGAAGUUGGAAGUCUCAACACUGAAGCAAGCGGCGGCACAAGAUCCGGUCCAAGCAUCUAUCGAGCAAAACGAUGGCGACGACGAAGAUGACAAGCCCAAGCGAUCGCCUAUGGAGGAGCGCAUUGUUGCCAUCCAAAAGGGCUAUGCCGCUGAGACGCAACUUUUGUCACGGACGAUUUCCCACGUCUGGAUUUCUCUGGCAAGGGCUAUGCGUCGCAUCCAAGGCAAAGGCAAUCAGUCAGAGGGUGGUUUGCGCAAAGUAUUCACCGAUGCCCGCCAAAAGGGACGACUCACAAGUGAUGUGUACGUCGCUGUGGCUUUGCUCGAAUCGGUUGUUUACAAGGAUCCAGUAGGCGCCAAGAUCUUUGAAAGGGGUGCACGUCUAUUUCCCAACGAUGAGGUAUUCAUGAUAGAAUACUUGAAGUAUCUCCAUUCCAAGGAUGACACGACCAAUGCGCGCGUGGUUUUCGAAACCUGUGUGAACCGCCUAAUUUCUAAGCCAGAAACUCUAUCAAAAGCCAAGCCACUCUAUGCCUACUUCCACAAAUACGAAUCGCAAUUUGGCGAGUUGUCACAAAUCGCCAAGCUGGAAGAGCGCAUGGCAGAGCUCUUCCCAGAGGACCCCAAGCUCAAGUCCUUUGUCGCCAGAUUCUCAACUGAGAAGUUUGACCCAAUUGCUGCCCCAAUCAUCAUCUCCAAGGCAGUGCAAAUGCGACCAAAGCAAAUUGUCCCUGUCGUUGAACAGCCUGUUUCUCUACGAAACAGCCCGAUGCCAGCGCGGCAGGAACAAAGCCCCCGUCCUCAGUAUGUCCGGGCCACUGCUUCACCAAAACGUCCUCUCGCUCUUGACGAUGAAGAGCUCAACCCCCCGAAGCGACUUGCUAGAGGCGCCUCGCCGCUCAAGGGUGCUGCAGGCCGCCGUCUUGACCAGCAAAGACGAAACCAAGCAUCGGCGUUGCACAGGGACAUCACUUUCCUGCUUGGAAUCCUUCCACCAUCUCAAAGCUUCGAUGCCCCGCGGGUUAACCCUGCGUCCUUGGUGUCUCUCCUCCGGGAUACUCAGCUUCCUGACUAUGCUACACUGAAGGCUGCUGGUGGUGGUCAGCCGCGCUUUGGCAACCCUACGCAUGCAAGACAAGUAUCUGGCGAGUUUGCCAAUCGACCAUUGAGCCCAUACGGAAGAAUGUCGUCUGCAGCCGGGGGGUACAGGAACUCGCCAUUGCGGCCAGAGAGUGGAAAUGCCUAUCCAACAAACCCCUAUCCUCCUCCUGACGCAAGCGGACAGCCGUCUGGAUGGCCGCAGGUACCCGGUGGCUACAAUGCGCCGGCGCCUGGACAGUUUGGAGGAUACCGAUUCUGA